GCAACACCAUCGGCAACAGCACCAGAAGCGCUCAACUGUUCGUUUUGAAGCUGUCUUUCUGUUGCUAUGCUGGCUGCCCUUAUCCUCUCUUCUGUUUUCUCUACUCUCCCAUCUCCUUCCUCCGGUCGAGCUCUUUCCGUGCGCUGUCAUCCUACAGGACAGAGAUCCUGCGUCGCCUCGCUCUCCGCGUUAUUCUUUUCCGUCGUUCCUUGCCAAACGAUUAUCCAAAACUACUUUUUUCUUUCUCCUCUUUUCGUUUCUCAUUUUUAUUUCAUUUCAAUCUGUUCCUUUUACCAUUUUUGUUUAUCUUUUGCUAACCUUUAUGUUUUCACAGGUAUACGCAUUGUUUUUAUUGUAAUCUCUCGGAGGAGCUGUGCAAAAAUUGAUUUUUUAUUUUGUUCCUAACAGGUGUGACAAUCUUGAUGCCGAUUCGUUGUCAAAAUACAAAUGCAGUGUUCUAGAAGAGAGAAAAGUAAAAUGACAUUCAGUGGUGGUGGAAGUAUUUUACUUUCGCAGUUUGUAUUUAGUCGUAAGCGGAAGGGCGGGUGCAGGCGGUGGCGGUGGUGGAGGCGGCGGCGCGCCCCUUUACGGUCGUCUAGUAGCUGAGGAGCCAUUACCUCCUACAGUAUGUGGGGGUGCCGGUACCGGUGGCGGUACUGGUGGGGUUCCGCAAGAAACCCCCGCGGAUAUACACGCUAUGCAAGCUAGGAUACCCCAUAGGUUUCGAGAUCCAGCUACGGCACCUCUUAGGAAACUCAGUGUAGAUCUCAUCAAAACUUACAAGCACAUCAACGAGGUUUAUUAUGCUAAGAAAAAGAGAAGGGCGCAACAGAUGCAAGGAGAAGAUGGUUCCCAUAAAAAAGAAAGAAAAUUGUACAACGAUGGUUGGGAUGACGAUAAUCAUGAUUAUAUUAUCAAGAAUGGGGAAAAGUUCCUCGAUCGUUAUGAGAUCGAUUCGCUAAUAGGUAAAGGCAGUUUUGGCCAAGUAGUAAAAGCGUUUGAUCAUGAAGAACAAACGCAAGUGGCAAUAAAAAUUAUCAAGAACAAAAAACCUUUUCUAAAUCAAGCGCAAAUCGAAGUGAGGCUAUUAGAAAUGAUGAACAGGGCGGAUACCGACAACAAAUAUUAUAUAGUUAAACUAAAAAGGCAUUUUAUGUGGCGGAAUCAUUUAUGUCUGGUAUUUGAACUGUUAUCGUAUAAUCUAUAUGAUCUACUUAGAAAUACGAAUUUUCGAGGAGUGUCGUUGAACUUAACAAGGAAGUUUGCACAGCAACUGUGUACUGCCCUUUUGUUCCUGUCUACACCGGAAUUGAACAUCAUUCACUGUGAUCUGAAACCUGAAAACAUACUUUUGUGCAAUCCCAAACGAAGUGCGAUAAAAAUAGUGGAUUUUGGUAGUUCAUGUCAACUUGGACAAAGGAUAUACCAGUAUAUUCAAUCCAGGUUUUACCGGUCUCCUGAAGUCUUAUUAGGAAUACCUUAUGACCUUGCGAUAGACAUGUGGAGUCUAGGAUGUAUUUUAGUUGAAAUGCAUACAGGAGAACCUCUGUUCAGUGGGGCCAAUGAGGUCGAUCAAAUGAAUAAAAUCGUAGAAGUACUAGGAAUGCCACCGAAACAUAUAUUGGACCAAGCGCAUAAAGCGCGGAAAUACUUUGACAAAGUCCCCACGGAUGGCUCGUAUGUGCUGAAAAAGUCAAAGGAUGGUAAAAAGUACAAACCUCCUGGUACAAGACGCUUACAUGAUAUCUUAGGUGUCGAAAGCGGAGGCCCUGGUGGUAGAAGGAUAGGUGAACCUGGUCAUUCAAUUUCCGAUUACCUCAAAUUCAAAGACUUGAUCCUGCGAAUGUUAGACUUUGAUCCGAAAACAAGAGUGACACCAUAUUAUGCACUUCAGCACAAUUUCUUUAAGCGUACAGCCGACGAGGGGACCAACACAAAUAUUGCUGCUGCCAACAGUGCUAACACGAGCCCGGCAGUGGUAUCGAUGAGCCAAGAUCAUGGACUGGUAACCAUGUCAGGACAGGGAAGCAACAACAGUGGCAAUCCGAUGCAAGUAUCAAGUCUCCCUGGUGGCUAUCAGCCAAUGGAGUGCGAGUCAUCACCUCGUCAUUUGGGGAAUCGACGCGUUGUUACAACAAACUAUCCGUCAACUUCGGCCACUGGGGUGUCUGCAUCCGGCCCGAUGUCCAUGCAAUCUGUAGACAGUUCCCUAAUACAAAGCUCUCUUGGAUCGUAUAAUAGCCUAAUUCUCCCUGGUAUACCCCAUCUGCCUGCGAUGAUGACCUCACCGAUGAUUCAGCAGCAGAACUUUUACAAUUACGGUUAUUCAACGACUGAUACGCACGGAAUAGUCAGACAACCGUCGACAGUCUCAACCGGCAAACAAAGAGACCCAGAAAGGGAAGACAGUCCUAUGGUUGGAGUAUGCGUCCAGCAGAGUCCAGUUGCUAUUCACUGAAACGAAACAGAAUAAAAAGGAACUACGGCGAUGGUCAAUUACACGUACUAUCGUCGCGUUAGCGGUACCGUCAAAAAUAUAUAUUAGGUGAUUAUAUAUACUGUAUAUACGAAGUUCAUGACGAUACCGUAAAACCUAUCAUACUGUUUAUGAAAAAAAGAAAAGAAAAAGAGGGAAAUGAGAACGGGCAGUAGGAAAUUUGAAGUCCUUCCCCGUUGCAUUGCUUUGCAUUUCGUCGUUUUAUUGGUUAUGAAAAAUAAUUUGAGACAAAAGCACUACAAAUAUAGUAUUGCUGUGUAAAUGUGUUAAAAAAAUAAUAGUACAUUAGUAAGAAUACAUUGCUUCAAACUAACAGCUUAAAACAAAAACGAAACAUAAAAGACAGGUUAACAAAGUAAUUCAUCAUACGAGAAAUUCUUUGUUCGUUUAUGAAAAAAAGAGAUUUUAAAAAUAUAUGAGUGGCUUCUUUAAAAACAAAAAGAUGGGGGGAGAAAGAAAAAAAGAACAAGAAUGAGAAAUAUUCAGUUGAAAAAUAGAAAUACGAAGGAAUGCAAAGGAAAACAUGAGGGAAACUUCCCUUUUCCAUUUUGUCUUUCUCUUCUUAGUUUUUUUUAUUUGUCUAUCUUAAGAAGCCGACUGGUCUUACAUUGGGCACGGAUAUACCGCGUCCGGCACAGAAGCUUAUGAUACUUUGCUUAUGAGCACGGACAGACAAACAUGGUCUAGUGAGGAUGAACCCAGCUGGCCUCUCGGGUCCUGCCCGAUUCUGCAAACACUCCAAAUGCUUUAGUCGCGUGCAAACGUCGUUAAUAAAUUUUGGCACCCAAACUGUGUGGCCUAGAGAGCGAAAAAGUGAUAAUUACUAUUAUUAAAAAUGCAUUAAACAGAAGGAAAAAUAAGAAUUACCAGUGUAAGCAUAUACUCCAAUAGAGUUUUAUACACAAUGUCACGAAUAUAAACGGUUUAGCAAGUAAUUGCUAGCAAACAGUCGCGUCAAAUGCUAGUUAUUUGUACAAUAUACAUAGAUAAAUGAUAAGAGUGCAGCUUUAGGAUUUAGCUUUUAAGUGUGAAAGAGGAGAAACACUGACAUUGUAAACUCGACUCUUUUAUUUACUUUGAUGAAUAGAAAAGAGGACGUUGCAAACGUCAGUUUGUUACCGACGAAGGACUUUAAACAAACGAGGUUUGCAUGAUUUAACAACAAUACAUAUUUAUACAGAAGACAGUAAUAAGAAAGUUAAAAAGCAGUAUACACAUAAGAUCAAGAUCGAUAUAAUCAUACAAAAACCUAGAUACUUUAUAAUAAACGAUACGCGCGUACUCAUAUACAUAUGUUUCCAAUGGCAGUCGUAAUUGAUUUUUGCCGUUUCACUUUGGUAAUAGUAACGUUAUUUAUAUUAUAUUAAUAUACCUUCAGCAUAAGUUUAUAAUCGUUUUCUGGCACUUGCACAUUUAUUUUCAAGUUCUGAUAAUUGUAUCGAUCGAUAUGGUCCUUCUAAUGAAUUUCUCUUAUUUUUUCAUAUUUGGUUAUAGAGUGCCGACAACUAGGAAUAUAAAUUUCGAUGCCAGAAUGCGAAAUAUUAAAUAGAAACAAAUUGUGUCAAUAACGAUAAGAUAAUAUAAAACAAGACACGACGAACGAUGUAAAUUUUCGAUACUUAUUAAUAACAUAUACUGCAACAAAUAAUUCUUGAGAUAUUUUGCAUGUUUCUAUUCUUUGUUGUGGCAUAUACAUUAAACAAGUUGAUUUUUAAAAUUAUUUUACGAUAUUUUAUUGACCGUUUUGUAUUAUUUUACAGAAACGAAAUAUAGAUUCAAAUGAUACUUUAAUAUUUUAUUGUAUGCAGUAUGUCAGCUUCUUAUCGGCUUAUUCGAAGCAUGUGAUUAUAUAAUUUUAACAUUGUUUGAUCAGGUUUUUAAUAUUUUGUUUUUAAUAACACCGAUUUUGAAUAUUUUUCAUUCAUAAUAUUAUAAUUUACAUGAAAGGAGCUUAACUUAAAAUAUGCAUCGUUUUCUCGAGGAAAUUUUUUCUGUACACCUCAAGAGAAUUUCAAACUUACAUUAAUUGCCUUAUUUUCUAUUAUACGAAUUUAUGAAAGAGAAUGAAAUGUUUGAAUUUUCGAGAAUUGCUUGUUUAGAUAGGCUGCUUAGAAUCCUGCAUUUUUUAAAUAUUUGCAUUGUGAAGAUUUGCCGAUAGACGUAAUGACUCGCGAAACGACAUUCGUUCGAAUUCAUAGAUUUCUACCAAGUACUAAAAAAUUUAUAUUAGUAUUUUUACUUCGCCCUAAUGUAUGACGAUCAUUGCUUAUGUUAUGUUAACUUUAAAAGGUAUAACGAAUUUCUGUUUUAAGUGGAAUAAAUGAGAAAUGAUAAACGCAAUGGUGUAAAUUCGAUCUAAAAUUAUAAUUACUAACAACCAUGAAGUUAUUCUUAAAUUUCUAUGUUAACGAGAAACAUUUUGCCGUGACGAUAUCUCUCAAUAACUUUAUAAAGAGAGUAUGGAAGAGGGAAAGCGAGAAAAAACGAAAAUGUGUGUGUGUGCGUGCAUGCGCGCGCGUCUGUGUGUGUGCGUGCGUGCGUGCGUGUGUGUGCGCGCGCGCGUGUAUGUGUAUGAGGAAGAGAGAGAGAGAAAGAGAGAGAAUGAUUUUUCAAACAGAAAACAUUGUUUGUCAGAUUUAAUCAAGAUUUUUCAUGACAAUUUCUGACAUUUCGAUAAUCUUGUUGAACGGCAAAAAUCAGUACGCUCUAUAAACGUAGACAAAAUGUGUGAUGAUUCCACACAUGCCCUCUUCCGAAUUCACGUUAUUAUGUAUUGUGCUCAUCAGUCCUCCAAAGAACUAGGAUUCCUGCUCCUUCUUCUAUUCUUUUCUCUUUUUUCUUUUUUUUUUUUUUUUUUUUUUUACUUAUGUAUUUUGGUACGAGGAAAGUUCACUUUUGAUAAAAUUGUAGCACAAGAAACUGUAUUAUAGGAAAAUGUCGUCUUCUAAGUCCUUUUUUCGUUAAAAGAAAACGAGGAAAGAUUUAGAAGAGGUUGACUUUUGAGCACAAUGCAGUUUUUUCCAACGUAUCAUCGAAGCAUUUUCUCAUCUGACAAUUAUUAAUUUUUACGAAAACGAUUAUCUUUACUUUGAUUAGAUAAAAGAUAAAGUGAUUGAUUGUAUCCUAUCACUUACUAGUAAAUUUAGUAGAGUUGCCGCUUGUAAAAAAAGGCGAUGAUCGUUACAUAAAAUUGAAAUUCAAAUUCGUUCAAUAUUAACAAUGAAAAAGAAGGGGAAAUGUUUUAAAUGUGUGCAAUUUCACUAAUUACUAUGGAGAUCUUUAAAAAAUACUCGGAAGAGUGGUGGUCGAUUAUUCGAAAAAGAAAAAAAUUGGUGAAACAAAAGAAGUAUAUGUCGGAUAACAAAUGAAAUUGAUAAAUUUUCGUUAGAAAGUGGAAUUCAUAUAUUAUACAACAAUAGAUUGAUUUCAAACGCGCCAAUUAAUUUUUCAUAUAAAACUUUUUACACAGAGAAUACGUUUCAAAAUAUUUUCAUAUUUUUCCAUUUGUAACGUAUAUGUUUCUUAUAGUUUUUGUACCCCGAAAAAAUUUGUCCACUCAACAAUUGAAGCAAAAUGUAGAGUAUUUAUGCCAAUUAGCAAACAACAGAGUUGUAUACAUUUAAAUAGUAUAAGAACCGAUCACGAUUCGUGUUUCAAAUAAUUUUAAUUGAAUAAAAUUUAAUUAAUUUGCUGUCGAUAUAUCACUAAGAAACUUUUGUAUAUUUUUUAUUGCUUCAUAAUGGGAUAAAGAAUAUCUUCAUAUUUUGAAAAAAACGUGUUAUUUUAUUAGUUUCUAUCUAAAAAAAAUUAAAACAACUUUAUCAGGGUAUUUAUUAAAAAAUUCACUUUACGCUUUUUUCACUCAAAUUAUUAAAUUGCUUAAAUGAUUUGAAAACCAUACAUUAUAUUUAUGUAAAUCUUAAAACAAAUUCUUUGAAACACAUUGUGACUGGAUUAAAAUACCAUAAGUUUCCUAACGUCAUGUGUAAAAACAUUGUGUUCAGAAAAUAUACUAUAAUACACGACUGAUGUAUGCCUGUUAUGCAAAGUGCGUACGUCUGUAGACGAGAAGAAAUGAUGAGUACACAUCCAUCAUUUCAGUUUCUUGUUUGAUGAUUGCACACGCUAACCGACAUAAAAAAUAUAAGGAAUGAAUACAGAAAACAAACUGAAUUAAGAAAAACCAAUUUAUUAAGAUGAAAAUUAACAAGCCUCCAUACAAGAUGAAGAAAAAGUUGUAUCUACCCUGUAAACAUUUUCAUAUUAUAUUAUAUUACAUUAUAUUAUUAUUGCUAUUAUUACUACUACUAUUAUUAUUAUUGUUAUUAUUUUUAUUUUUAUUAUUAUUCAUCCUGAUAUUACUUCUGUCGUUAUCAUUACUAUCACUAUUAUGAUUAUGUGAUUAAUAUUUUUAUUAUUCUCUUUAUUAUGAUUAUUACCAUUAUUCUUAUUGUUAUUACCACUACUAUUGCUAUUCCUAUUACUACUACUAUUACUACAAUUACCAUCGCCAUCAUCACUCCUAUUACUACUGUUACUAUUCCUGCUAUUAAACUGUCACUAUACUACUACUACUACUACUACAACUACUACUACUCCUACUACUAUCACCACUACCAUCAUCACCACAACUACUACUACCAUAACUACUACUACUACUACUACUACUACUACUACUACUACUACUACUACUACUACUACUACUACUACUACUACUACUACUACUACUACUACCACCACCACUACUACUACUACUACUACUACUACUACUACUACUACUACAACUACUAC